AAAUGGCGGCGCCCGUCAGAAGGACUAUCCGACGACUUCUGCAACAGGAGGCUGUCCGGCUGAGCUUGUAUACCCAGGGAUGGCGUCACCACCAUGACGCCGCGGGCGCCUCGCCGCCCUACGUACCCCGCAGAGCCGUGCUCUACUGCCCUGGCGACGAUGAGCGAAAGCUGCGGAAACUGGCCACCCUGGACGUCGACUGCGCCGUACUGGACUGCGAGGAUGGCGUCGCCCUCAACAAAAAGACGGAGGCCAGGGAAACCAUCGCCAGGAUGUUGGCUGAACUGAACUUGGGCCGAACAGAGAAGUGUGUGAGGGUCAAUUCGGUGUCCAGUGGUUUCGCUGAGGCUGACCUGCAAGUUGUCCUCCAGGCCGACGUUCUGCCACCCGCCCUGAUGUUGCCCAAAGUGGAGGACACUCAAGAGGUUCAGUGGUUCGUUGACAGGUUUCAGCGCAGCUUGAAAGGACGGCCGCUGACGGAACCCGUUCGCCUGGUGACCUUUGUGGAAACUGCUGUGGGCCUGCUCAACUUUAAGGCGCUGUGCGAGGAAAUCCGUCGGCUCGCGCCCGAGGCCGGCCUCCACCACGACGCCGUGGUGUUCGGCUCCGAUGACUUCUGCGCCAGUAUAGGCGCCUCACGGACCCACGAUGCCAAGGAGCUGCUAUACGCCAGGCAGAAAGUGGUCACCACCGCCAAGGCUUUCGGGCUGCAGGCUAUCGACCUGGUGUACAUCGACUACAAAGACGAGGGCGGGCUGAGGCGGCAGGCCCGAGAGGGCGCUCUCAUGGGCUUCACAGGUAAGCAGAUCAUCCACCCCGGUCAAGUCGGAGCCGUGCAGCAAGAAUUCUCUCCCUCUCGGCAGAGGGUCCGGUGGGCUCAAGAGCUCAUUGCUGCAUUUGAGCAACACCAGAAAGAAGGAAAGGGUGCGUUCACGUUCCACGGCAGCAUGAUCGACAUGCCCUCGCUGAAGCAAGCGCAGAACAUCGUGACGCUGUCGGCCGCCGUGCCGCAGGAAGAAGGUGGCCGCCGGGGGCGAAGUACGUAGAGCUGCCGCUUCCGGAACCGGACUUCGCCUGACACCAAGAGGACUGUUUUGUUCCAAUUCAGUUUUUUUUUUUUUUUUGUUUGUUUUUUUUUUUUUUUUUUUUUUUUUGCGAAAAAAAGGUAGGAGCCGUCGUCCAGGGGACGAGCCGGCCCCGCGGGGGCCCGCGGCGGUGGUGCGCCAUCGAUUCCGUCAUCGCGUGCUCGAGGUCACCGUGAAAAUGCUUUCACGGUGACCUCGAUGGUCAGCGCUGCUGGACGAAAAGUGUAAACAAAAACUAUUUUGAUUUGCGGGAGAUCCAUUCAGCGCCCCCCCGACGUCAGACACGCAGAACCACGUGAACUCGCCGUUUAGCGCCUUUGUGCGGGUCCCUUCGGCGAAGGUCGUGUGGCUCCUCGCCGGCCGGCCUGCGGCUUUAAACGUGGACAAAUAGAAUAAAAGCUGCCUGAUCUCUGGUUGAAGGUGAAGCCACUUUAUUGGGAGCGGGCGCCUCUCUCGGGACUCGGGGGGGGCCCCGGCGGUGCCGCCUGCGUGCGCUACGAUCACGCUACAAUACGUCGGCGUGGAAUCGCGCGCGGGCUAACCUCGGCGGCGGAGGAGCGCCGUUGCCCCAGCAGAGGCGAUGGCGGCUUUUGUCUUCUCCCGAGUAUAAUUGAGGGGGGGUGUCGCCGGUGACCAUGGCGAUGAAAAGCUCUCUUCGCACCCCGCCACACCCGCUCGCUUUCUUGCCACCGUAUGAUGUAUUGUGUCCGCGGACGGGCCCGGGUCCGCGCCAACGCCGGACCAGCCGAAAAGAAGAAGAGGAAAAAAAAAAAGAAAAAAAAAGGCUGAGCAGCGCCUGAGCCGAAGGCCCCGGCAGUAAGCUGUCUGUCUGGCGCGGGGCCACGCGAUUCCUCCCGCUGCCGCUGCCGCUCCGCUUUUUGCUGUCGUCUAUUCACCGCCGUUUGUGUUUGUUUGUUUUCACGAGCCACGCCGAGGUCGGCCACAAAACCGCUGCCGCCCUUCGCGGCUCUCGUGAAGUCAAUCCGCGCGCACGUCGCGACGCUACAACUCAGCUAAACGUACACACGUCAAUUGUACAUCUCGCAGGAGUUUGCGCACACACAAAAAAAGUUCUUGGAAUCAUUUCUUUCGUCAUAAUCUCUUCAAGUAAUCUGUUUUGUUGGCAAUUUUCUGUUUAGUUUUGUUUCGCAGAAGUCUCCAUUUUAAGCCGAGCGCCAUGUCAAACACUCGGCUUGUCGAGGUUGACUUUCGUUGCCAUUUCCAGAUGAAUUCUUUGGUAAUAAUUGCGAAAUGAAAUCGCAGCACUUGCGUAGGAUUCUUUACAAAAAGUGCACAGACCCAUCACAAUUGACAAUUCGAAUGAAAUAAAGACGUUGAGAUGACAA